CGACUUCCUUUUCCAUAGCACGCCAAAGCAGCACCAUUGCCUUUUUCUUUUUUCUUUUAAUUUACUUCGCAGCGAAUCCGAAUUGCCAAAAUAAUCAAACAAAUUCUGUCUGAAAAAUCGAACAGAAUAGAAAGUCUAACAAUUUUCCUUUGGAGAAACCCAGGAAGGAACAGAUUGAAAGUUUACAGCACAAGUUUUUUUAGCAAGUGUGCGGCAUCAAAUCCAAGAAAAGCAUAAACCCCGUUCGAGUUUUUGUUUCUCCACCAAUUGUGGAAUUAGUACUGUAUAGAAACCCCAGUUCGCUUCCAAUUUCCAAAAAUUCAAUUCUGUUUCUGUAAAAACACACGACUUUGGAGUUUGGAAUAUCUCCAAAUCCCUUCUUUGACAUAAAAGAUGAGAUUUUUUGGAAUUUGCUUCUUCCUGUUGAUGUUUGUUUCCUCUGGCCUGGCCGAUGAUGGUUAUGAUUCUCGCGCUUUUCCAAGGCCUUUGAUUAUUGAGUAUCCACAAAACAAUGAGUUCCAGUUGAAGGAGUCGUUGGAAGAAAUUAGACUUCAUUGUACAAGCUGGAGGUUUGCGGCUGAGGCUAACAACUUAAAUCCAUGGAAGACUAUCCCACCAGAGUGUGCUGGGUAUAUUGAGGAGUAUAUGACCGGCAGGGGUUACCACUAUGAUCUCGAAAGGGUUUCAAAAGAAGCUCAAAUCUUCGCCAAUAGUGUGAAACUGGGUGAUGAUGGACGAGACAUUUGGGUUUUUGAUGUGGAUGAGACUCUUCUGUCCAAUCUUCCCUAUUAUGCUCGCCAUGGCUUCGGGUUGGAGAUUUUUGAUCAUGCGGAGUUUGAUAAAUGGGUGGAGGAAGGAAUAGCCCCUGCUAUUAAUUCAAGUUUGGAGCUUUAUCGAGAUGUUUUAAAGUUGGGAAUCAAGGUUUUCUUUCUGACAGGACGCCGAGAAACACAUAGGAAUGUCACUGUGGAGAAUUUGAUAAAAGUUGGAUUCGAGUAUUGGGAAAAGCUCAUACUAAGGUCAGUUUGCUUCUCAUCAAUUAAAUUGGAGUAUUAACUUUCUAGGACAACUUUUUUUCACAUCUUGGCUUAAGAUUUUUGCUUCAACAGCUUAAUGAAAGCAGAAAUGUGCUUCAAUCACUAUAAUCAAUGAAACACAACUAUCACUACCGUUUCUGUUGUUCUUUAAUUGUCUCUUAUAUCUGACACUUAGUUACCAGCGUUCUGAUAACAGCUGUUUGAAUAGUUCAAUGAGAAUUGAUAUUAAAUUGGCAAGUGAAGUUUGAUUGUUAAUCUAAAUUCUCUAGUGGAAGUAGCACCACUUGGUAGAAGUUAGUUAUAGCUUGCCAUGGAGAUAAAUUUGAAGUCUUGCAAAGAUACCCCUGCUUGUGUGUUUCAUCAAUAUCAAGCUCUUUGAAGUUUGAUCUAAAAAUAGAUAACAUACAUCUUGCAGUGUAUCUUGUUGAAAAAUGUCAUUUCCCUUGGCUUUCAUUCAAUGACCUCUGGGUUUGCUACCUUCAUUAUUAAUUUGUGGUUCUAGAUGCAUAGUCAUGAAUUUAAUUCAAAGAUCUAAUCAACGUUGCAGUUUUGAUGUUACUUCCAUUUGAUUUUCAUGUGUAAAUGUCUAAAAAUACAUACUUUUUGGGGACAUUCAUAAAUAUGACGAUGGCGAAAAUAGAUAAGCAGAAUUUAAGUGAUGAAGUUAGGGUGACAGUUAAUAUGAGGUUUCGCUUUCAUCAAAUCAAACUUAUGAAGCAUAGGCCAUUCUUACAGUUGUUCAUGACUGAUUAGAUGACUGGUUGCUUAUGUGACCCCAGGUAACCUCAAGAAUCAUAUAACAGUCAUUUAUUCCAUCUCCAUCUUACAAGCUUUUUUACUCUUUUUUUUGUCCCCCCUCAAACUAAGCUGGUAUGGUUUGUCUCUGUUGAAAAGAAUGGGCUUUUUUGCAUUGGUAUGAGUAGUGGGUAUUGUCCCAAGAUGCAUAUGGUGUUACCAACCUCGACUAAUCUUUUGUUUCUAACUGUACAGAUCUUCAGAAGACCAUGAAAAGCAGGCAACUGUGUACAAGUCCGAGAAAAGGGACGAGAUGGUAAAAGAAGGUUACCGUAUUCUGGGCAAUUCUGGUGACCAGUGGAGCGAUUUACUAGGCUCCUCCAUUGCCACUCGGUCUUUCAAACUCCCGAAUCCCAUGUACUAUAUUCCCUGAUACUUGCCUAAUGUUACUGAUCGUUGUAUCAUUGGUAAACUGUACAUAUCGAAAUUGACUAGGAAAAACCUGUUCUUGUUUUAAUCCUUAAGUCUAGACAUUUGAAAUGAAAGUAAAAAGAAUGGUUCUAACACUUUCACUACUUCCCUCGUGCACUUACUGCUGGGAUAAUAAAGAUUAUUUCGCUGUAUUGGUUUUAUUUUUCAACUAUCAUUUAGAGCAGGAGUUGGAAAUUCCCUUCUUAGCUGGUAAUUUAGGUCCUUGGCCCUCUUGGUCUGCGCUCUUCAUUCUCUGGCCAGAUAUUACACAGCUCUUUUAUUUGACAGUUCUGACCAAAUUUCAUUCAAUGGUGAGUUAUCUUAAGAUCAACAGAGUAUAAGAAGUCAAGAUGUGGGUUCACAUGGUUGGAUUUAUUUGGUUCACUAUAAAGUUAAAGCAGUAUUUCAUCUCAUUAUUGAUUUGAUGGUUUUUAUAGGUUGAAGAAACCUAAAGUUAUUGGUUGGUGGUAAAAGAAUGGAAUUAGAGCAG